AUUUAAAUGCUAAUCAGAGUUUAGAAAGCACAACAUUUGAUAAUGGGAGUCACCUUAUCUAGUUAUCUUUAGAUGUAUAUUUUCAAAAAUAUAUUUAUUAUAGUGUCAAUGAUUAUUCCAACUAGUGUGUUUAAUAUAGUUUUCUUGGAGAGGUCCGUAAUUUAAAAUUAUAAAAAGAUGUUGGAAAAUCAAACGGUGAGACGGUGAGUACUGAUAUGAAAUCAUCAAUGACGUCAAAAUAUAUAAAUUUUUAUUCCUUUUAUCAAAUAAAUAACAACUCAGAAAAUAAAACAAACAAAAUGUACAGUUCAAAAAACCUAAUAAGACUUUUCUUUGACUAAUAAUUAAGAAACUCCGAAACACACUUAACCAGCCCAUAGCAAUGCCACACCCACUCCACAGUCUCCACUCCUAUAAAUACCCCUUUAAUCUGCUUCUGAAUCCACCAAAACAAUUUCUUCAAAUCUUUUCCUCUUUGAUUACACAAUGGCUGAAGCUUGCGGAGUACGGAGAAUGAAACUCGGGAGGCAAGGCCUUGAGGUUUCAGCUCAGGGACUUGGUUGCAUGGGUCUCUCUGCCUUCUACGGCGCUCCAACACCAGAGACUAACGCCGUCGCUCUUCUCCAACAUGCCAUUAAAGCUGGCGUCACAUUCCUAGACACUUCAGACAUAUACGGCCCUGAGACUAACGAGCUGCUCUUGGGCAAGGCUUUGAAAGAUGGGUUGAGGGAGAAAGUGGAACUGGCAACAAAGUUUGGUAUCAUUGCUUCUGAAGAUGGAAAAUUUGGUUUUAGGGCAGACCCAGAGUAUGUGAGGUCUGCUUGUGAGGCAAGCUUAAGGCGUCUUGGUGUUACAUCCAUUGAUCUUUAUUACCAGCAUCGGAUUGAUACCACUGUGCCCAUCGAAGUCACGAUGGGAGAGUUAAAGAAGCUAGUGGAAGAAGGUAAAAUAAAAUACAUCGGUUUGUCUGAAGCAUCUGCCUCAACUAUCAGAAGAGCACAUGCGGUUCAUCCGAUAACUGCUGUGCAGAUAGAAUGGUCCCUAUGGUCAAGAGACGUGGAAGAAGAUAUCAUUCCUACCUGUAGGGAACUUGGGAUUGGAAUUGUAGCUUAUAGCCCUUUAGGAAGAGGCUUCCUGGCAGCAGGACCUAAGCUUGCUGAGAAUUUUGAGGACCAUGAUUAUCGAAAGGGUCUACCGAGAUUCCAAGAGGAGAAUCUAAACCACAACAAGAUUCUUUAUGAGAAGGUUCAGGCGAUGGCGACAAAGAAAGGCUGCACUCCUGCACAACUUGCUCUUGCAUGGGUUCACCACCAGGGAGAUGAUGUCUGUCCCAUUCCAGGAACCUCCAAGAUUGAAAACCUGAACCAGAACAUAGGAGCUUUAUCUGUGAAGCUUACUCCUGAAGAGAUGGCUGAGCUGGAAUCCAUUGCUCGACCGGAUUUUGUGAAAGGGGAACGAUAUGACAACAACAUGGCUACUUACAAGGACUCGGAGACUCCACCACUGUCUUCUUGGAAAGCAGCAUAAACCGCAUCUUUGGACUGCAGUCUUUGCUGAGUUUAUGAUCGGUUUGAGGGAUAAAGGAGUUUGACGAAUGCCGUUUUAUUGUGCUUUUGGUUGUGUGUGUGUGUGUUUGAAUAAGUUUAGGUUAAUGGAUGGGUCUGCGAGUUUGCAAUAAGAAAAAUUCAAUGCCUACGAAAGAAAGUUUAUGUAAUGUUUGAGGUUUCCUGUCUUGCAAUUUAAUAAUUUGAUCAAGAAUAUUUUGGUCGUUAACCAA